GAGCUUGCCCACCUUGGGGGAACCUUGACCUUGCGUCUAAUUUAAAUGUUGAGUACUAUCACGACCCAGCUAAAACAGCGGCUUCUGCUCCCCCAUGUUGAUCCGGUUGCGAAACUCCUCUCCAGUGCGACCUUCUAUUCCACGAUCCCGGGACUCGCCACAUGGAACGGGGCAGAUCCGAAGGGGGCUUGCUUAAAGAGAAAAAGAGACAAAGAGAAGGACUGGGUCGUCAGAGGCAGAGGCACAGAGAGAAAGGGAGAGCGAGAGAGAGCGCUGUCGGUCCCAGAAACCCCGACUUAACAACAACAACAGCAACAACCAGGGGUGUGUGUGUGUGUGUGUGUGUGUGUGUGUAUGAGCUGGUCUAGACCAUCCUUCUCGCCAUGCUGCGCCAGAUUUUCACAACAAGACGACCCGAUCCGACUUGAAGCAAAUUCCCAUCAUCUUAAAGCGGACCCGGCCUCCCACCGUGGUGGGCAAACUUCCUCCGAAGAGAACCGGCCCUCACCACUCCCGCCGACUGUGCGCCCUUGCCCGCCAUGUCGAACACGACGACGGCGUCCGCGAAGAUUGGCAAACCCCCGAACAACCAGCGGGACUACAACAUCAUCCGGGGCAUCUACCGACAGUACGGCAUCGCCGGCCUCGACCCGAGCCUGGGAUACGUCUUCGCCGCCAAGGAGCCCGAGAAUGCCGUCCAUGAGUCCAAGCAAGGGGCCAUCAUCGCCGGCAUGGUGGUCGUCAUGCUCGCCAUCAUCGUCCCGACGGCGGCGAGGCUCUGGGUCCGGGGACGAGGGGCCUAUACCAAGUUUGGAUGGGAUGACUGGGUGUUAUGUGCAGGAGCCGUCUUGGCAGUAGUAUACCCCAUCCUCCAGAUUCUCGUCGUCGUCGACGCUGGAGGCGGCACGCACACGUGGGAGAACACCUACGACGACUACCAGUUCUACUCGUACUACCUCACCCUCUGCCGGCUGCUGUACUACCCGACCGUCGGCAUCAUCAAGAUCUCCAUCACGCUCUUCAUCCGCCGGCUCGUCGACACGGCCUACCGGACCUGGAAGAUGGUGGCCGACGUCUUCCUCGGCACCCUCGUCGCCUACGUCCUGCUCGCCGUCUUCUGGAACCUCUUCAUCUGCAGCCCGUCGCGCGUCAUCUGGGACCGCGAGUUCGCCGGCAGCCUGGCGGAGCCGGCAGCGUGCGGGAACCAGUUCGGGAGCGCCAAGAUCCUCAGCAUCAUUCACGUCGUCCAGAGCGUCCUGCUCCUCGCCACGCCCAUCAUCAUCCUGUGGAAAGUCCGCAUCGACCGAGGCAAGAAGGUCCGGCUCUUCAUCAUCUGGGCCGCGGGGGGUUUGACGGUCACGGGCGGCCUGCUCCAGCAGAUCCAGCCCUUCACGUCGCCCGACAUCUUCUGGGACUACACCGUCAUUCUCCGGUGGACGGUCCUCGACAUCGCCAUGGGCAUCGUGACGGCAUCCCUGCCGGUGCUGGACGCGGCCAUCAUGAGGUCCUGGCGGGCGGCCAGGUCGACGCUCGGCCUGUCGAACCGGGACCGGGAGAACAGCAGGGGCACCAAGGGGACGAACCACGAGACCAUCAGCUCGGGGCCGCGCAAGGCGUACGCCAGCUCGGCCGAGAACAUCAUGGGCAGGGACAACGGCAUCGAGAUGGACAUCGUUCGGCAGAACGGCCUCGAUAAGACUCACGAGAGCGGCGACAACCACUCGAUUCCAGAUACGACGGGGCACGAUGGGAGGCACAGAGUCAACAACAUUGUAUGAAGAAAACGACGCGAAAUGAUAGAAAGAGGACACGUAGUGUAUGUAACAAUAGAAACAAGAGCUC